UUCCGGUAGAGUACGGGACAGGAGAAUCUCGCGGGAUUUACAACUCUCCGGAUCAUACAGGUCACCGGGAAAUUUACAGCUUCCGCUAAAAAGCCCCGCACCGAUCCGACACAGGUGAUCCCCGGGUCGUAAAUUCCUGCCUUUCAAGGCUCUAUAUAAAUUCCGGAACGGGUUUAUUCGGUUUAAAAUCUCAAGAACACUCUCCGAAAUAGCAUUGUAAACAUUGUCCUAUUUCUUUAUUAGAAAAUAUCGGAAUUAGCGUCAGCCACUGAAAGCUAUAGUCAAUACAGGUAUAAGAACACAGGAAGUGUUCUUCUGUCGCGGAAGGAGGAAAAGUGAAAUUUGAAAAAUUGGACUCUACAAUAUGCAUUCUUUUAUUAACAGUAUCCAGCUCCGAUUUGUUCUGCUUCUUUACGUCAUGUCAGUGUCAGCAUCAGGAUCUAUCCUAGAUUACAGGGAUUUGGUCAACAACGAUCCUGAUUCAAGUCCACAAUCCAAAUCCGCUUUCCUACAGAGAUUCAUACGGCGCUUGCGCAGUGAUGACCUUGACACCGACCUCAACCUUCGAACUUUAGUACCACGUGACUAUAGCUCAGGCCGAUUUGAAGGAACUUCCGUGAAAAGGGAUUAUGGGAUCAAUCCGCCAUUCCACGAACUAUGCCGUAUGAUGAACAUGCCCUAUUGCUCUUACCGAAGCUAACGUCAUUGUGACGUCACCCAUGACCUUUUAACGUUGCUGUGAUACCGUAUAGAAAGCCACUGGACAAAGAUUUGACAUAAAUCAAUUUUAUCAACAGCAUAAAGUACAGGAAGUCAGUGGUGUCACUCAACACCAGGGACAUUUUGUCAGACAUCCAUAUUUGUUCAAACGGUGAAUUUAUUCACAGCGCACAAUAGGAACACUAACAUAAUAUUACUUCAAAAAAUAAAUUUUUAAUGUUUUUUAUGAUUGUUUUAUAAUUCAUAAAGGUUUGCAAAUGUAAGAAAAUAGGAAAGCGUACAGAAGAUGGAAACAAACUAACUGCAUGCAUGACUUGUUAAGUUUAUUUCUAGAAAUAGAAAAAAAGUAUACAUGGUUGCAGAUCGAAUAUCAAAGUGCAGAGAAUGAGGAGCAAUUUAUGUGUGACGGCAAUACUGGACUACGUCACCUGUCAAAAUCAACCUAUAUUUUGUUAGUUCUUGCUCAAUGGCCACACCUUGUCCCCAAAAUGACAUGCAUUAUAAUAUUUUUUUCUUCAGAGAAGAAUCACGAUGUAUGAAUCUCGUGCAAUCGGGACUACUCGGGCCUUUUCGGUGGAGCUCGGAAAACACAUCAAACGUACUGAAUACUCGGAUGUUAGAAUUUUAUGCAAAUUGGAGUCGCAUCCCAUCAAUUUAAGACAUAGCUUAAGACACUUAAAUAUCUUUUCCGUGGUAGCUUUUAUAACUGUUUUACAUUGAUGUGGCUCACAUAUAUCAGCAGAUUAUAAUUUCCCUCUUAAUUAGAUCAGAGUUUAUGAAAAUGGAAUUGUCCUGGAAGCAUACGUUAUACCUUCCCAGUGUUUUCCGCGCCGCUAACCCGAAAGGCCCAAGAAUUUAGUAUUGAAAUCGAAUGCUGUUACAUUAUAACUCAAAAGAAAUAAAAAGGGAUUGGCUCGUGUUAAAUUCUUUUUUC